CAGCUGACUGCGGGUCGAUCCGGACACUCUCGAUGUGGUUUCUGUCACUCAAAGACAUAAACACCACUGAUACUGAGUCCCAUCAUGAAUAUCAAGCCCAUACUAUGGAUCCUACUCUUCGCCUCUGUCCAGGAGGUGUACCUGGAGGAGUAUGAGUAUGAAGAUGAAACAUAUGAGGAUCCACAGCCUCAGAACUGCUCAACCACAGAGAGCAUCAGGGGUGGACGUGUCACGUACUCACAGGGAGGGCUGGAGGGCAGUGUGCUGACCUAUGAGUGCGGCCUGGGCCAAUACCCUUUCCCGGUCAGCUUCAGGCUCUGCAGCGCUGAAGGGGACUGGUCGCCUAUGAGAUUAACCAAUGGCAGACUGGUGUCACAGGCCACAUGCAAAGAUGUGUUGUGUCCAGCUCAGCUCCAGCUGGAUCAUGGUGACUUCUGGCCCAGGGACCAGUGGUCCAGUGUUGGGACGACACAGACCUUCUCCUGCCAGGAAGGCUUCACCCUGUACGGGUCAGCCCAGAGGAACUGCACCCACUCUGGGGAGUGGACAGGAACCACUCCCAUCUGUGACAACCAUGCUGACGAUUGUGGGGACCCAGGGAUCCCACCAGGGGCCCAGAGGUCAGCGGGCCGCUUUCACACGGGGGACAAGGUGAUCUACUGGUGUCAGGCUGGUCUGAAUCUGCUUGGGUCGGCUGAAAGGGUUUGCCUGGAGAACAGGGAGUGGAGUGGCACAACACCACGGUGCCAAGGCCCCUAUACCUAUGACUCCCCCAGCUUUGUUGCAGAGGCCAUGGCGGGGUCACUUGCAGGAGUCAUGGAUGUCCUCUCACCAGACUCCAAAAGGAAAAAUGCAAGGACGUCCUUCGCCCGAACCUUCCGUGUGGCCAAGGGCAGUCGUAUGAAUGUCUACAUUUUACUGGACACAUCGGGAAGCAUUGGAAAGCAGGCCUUUGAAUUAUCCAGGAAUGCCACCAUCGCUCUUAUCCAAAAGCUGGACAGCUACGAGGUACAGCUUAAGUUCCAUGUGUCGUCAUUCGCCAGCGAGGCUCAAGACAUUGUAGACAUCAGACAAUCAGAUAUAAGUGGGAGCAUCGACGACAUCUUAUAUAAACUGGAGGAGUUUGACUACCAUAGCCAUGGAACUAAGACAGGCACCAACCUCCAUGCUGCCCUGUUCCGUGUCAGUGAGGUGAUCGCCUUCCUUAAGCAAAACAGUGCCAAGAACCAUUUUAAUGAGACUCAGAACAUCAUCGUCAUUGAAACAGAUGGUUACUCCAACACAGGCAAGAAGCCUCUGGUUGCUCUGGCACGGAUCCGAAAUCUGCUGGGCUAUCACGAAAUAUCCCAUGAUAACACAGAUGAAACAAUGCUGGAUGUCUACGUGUUUGGUGUUGGGGAACAAGUGAACAAAGAUGAGCUGAACUCCUUAGCCUCAAAGAAACGUGGCGAGCAGCACGUCUUCUUUUUGAAAGACUACAAAACACUGGGACAGGUGUUCAACAGCAUCAUUAGUGACAAGAGUGUGACGAUGUGUGGUGUAGCUCAGGAACAGGCGGGGGAUGAGACAGCCUACACCAGACCCUGGCACGUCACUCUGAAAAGUCAAAGUGUAGCCUCAACGAAGACGCCGUGUGUUGGAUCCAUUGUGAGCCAGAACUGGGUGCUGACAGCUGCUCACUGCUUUGCCAGAGCGAGCACAGAUAUGCGUCAUGAGGUGCUCAUACAUCACGGUGAGGGCACGGUGGUUCCCAAGAGGGUGAUCAUGCAUCCCAAGUACAACACCAGGGCACUAAAACACAGAAAUGUAUCUGAGUUCUAUGACUACGAUGUCGCUCUGGUACAGGUGAACACGAGUAUACCACUCUCCUGGAAAGCCAGACCUAUCUGCUUGCCAUGCACCGUACCAGCCAGCCGAGCAAUGAAGAAAGUCAACUCCACCUGUCAGCAGCACAGGAAGGAACUACUGCCCUACAAGGAGACUCCUGCCUUUUUCAUUCAUAAGAACACUGAACGCAAAGAAACACAUAUUCACAUCGAGAGUCAGAGGCCUGGCUGUGUGGAGAAGGCGAGGCAAACACUCAAAGACCCCACCAAUGUGACUAUGGAUGAGUAUGUCCCUGACAGAUUCCUCUGCACUGGGGGAUCCUCAGCAUACAGGGAUGCUAUCACCUGUAGAGGUGACUCUGGUGGAUCUCUGUUUCUGCAGAAAAGAAAGCGCUACUUUCAGGUGGGAGUCGUGAGCUGGGGCACCACAAACAUAUGUGAUUCACUCGACCCAGCUAUGAGAGGGUACAGCAGCAGCAAGCCGCCUCCUGAUGCCCGAGACUUUCACAUUGACCUGUUCAAGAUAAUGUCAUGGCUGAAACAGUAUCUGGGUGAGGAUAUCCAGUUCCUGCCUGAGGUCAACUAAGAACGUCCAGAAUCAAUUAGCUGAGAGCUGCUUGGAUUAAAGAGAAACUUCAGUAUUUUUCAACAUGGACACUAUUUUCCCAUGUUUUUGUGUAUGAGUGACUAAUAGGAACCGACAUUUUUAAAGUGGUCCAGUAUUGAGCAAGAACGCUGCGGCCAGCAAUCUAACCAUUUGGGACCAUUGCGUUCCAUUAAUGUACCCUCACUAGAAAUGUUGUAUAAGUGUCUAACAACAAAAUGGAAAUCACCCUACAGAGGAAUAAAAAAUUUUUCUUUAUCUUUA